GAUUAAAACUGACAUGAAGCAAAUAUAAAUGAAGAUGAAAGUGGAAACCGCACUUGUGAUUCUCUCAGUCCUCAUAUCCAUUCAGCUAUGUUAUGGAGGUGCUAGCAACUGGACGUGCACGUGCUUCUCUUCAGGCAACAAAACUGAUAUCUUGGAAUCUAACUGUUCCACAUCAUGCAACUGCAGACCAGCGGAGAGAGACCAAUGGGUAUGCUUGUGUCCGGCAAAUGGAUUUCAUAUAUCCGGUACCGGUUCCAACUCUUCAUGCUUCACUGCUUGCAACUGCUCUGCUGGACCUUUGAAGAAGCAAUCUUUAUCAAGGAAACUCCUUCUCGUCACACUAAUCUUCUGCGUCGCAGUUACUUCAGUAGCCUUCCUUGCCUCCAUGUUUUUAUACAUUUAUCGAAGGACCAGCAAUGUUUCUGGACAAAGCCCUUCAGUCUCUUCAGACAGAGAAUCUAGCUGGCACAGCUCUUCCAACUUAAUAGCCCGUAAAAGCUCCAUCUCACAACCCAAGAUCAGCAUCACCUCCUCACUCUCGGGAUGUUUCUUUCAGAAUGCUUCUUUGUUUUGUGUGAGUAAACCGGAAACAAUCCACGGGAUGAUCUUCCAGUUCUCAUACGGAGAGCUAGAGCAAGCGACCAAUAAAUUCUCCAGCAACAACGUUAUAGGACACGGAGGAAGUAGCUGCGUUUACCGUGGACAGCUCAAAGACGGUAAAACCGCUGCGAUCAAACGCUUAAAUGCUCCUAAAGGAAACGACAACGACACUCUAUUCUCAACAGAAGUUGAGUUGUUAUCAAGACUCCAUCAUUACCAUGUGGUUCCAUUGAUUGGAUACUGUUCGGAGUUUCACGGCAAGCAUGCGGAGAGGCUUCUGGUUUUUGAGUACAUGUCUUACGGGAAUCUGAGAGACUGCUUGGAUGGAGAGCUGGGAGAGAAGAUGACGUGGAACAUCAGAAUCUCUCUCGCUCUUGGAGCUGCAAGAGGGCUCGAGUAUCUCCACGAAGCUGCUGCUCCAAGAAUCUUGCACAGAGAUGUUAAAUCCACUAACAUCCUCCUCGAUGAGAAUUGGCAUGCUAAAAUAACAGAUCUUGGGAUGGCUAAGUGUUUGAGCAGCGACGGUUUACAGAGCGGUUCAAGCUCUCCAACAAUGGGACUGCAAGGAACGUUUGGCUACUUUGCACCUGAAUACGCUAUUGCAGGAUGUGCUUCACCUAUGUCAGAUGUGUUCAGCUUCGGUGUUGUUCUACUCGAGCUUAUAACCGGUAGAAAACCGAUACAGAAGCCUAGCAACAACAAAGGAGAAGAAAGUCUUGUUAUUUGGGCUAUGCCGCGUUUACAAGACAGUAAGAGGGUGAUUGAGGAGCUGCCUGAUCCCAGGCUUAACGGAAAGUUUGCUGAAGAAGAGAUGCAGAUAAUGGCGUAUCUUGCUAAAGAGUGCUUGCUUCUGGAGCCAGAAGCUAGGCCAACAAUGAGAGAAGUUGUUCAGAUUCUUUCUACCAUCAUGCCAGACACUUCCAGACGUAGAAACUUCCCCAUCAAUCAUCUUUUUCCGAGUAAUGAGAAGAAGAAGAAAAGCAAAGUAGGAUGGUCAAGAGGUGGGAGCAGGACUGCAAAGGAAGAGGAGUCAGUGGAUCUGACUGAGCCACGGUUCGAGUUUUGCCUGCCGAAUGUUAAGCCGGUCUUGCUUGAACCAUCUGCACAUAUUUAAAAGUACAUAGAAAAACACAGAACAGAAAAAAACAACACUGAGCCAUAUCGCAUGUGUGUAGAUAAAAGCUCACUCUGGGAAACGGAUAAAGCAUUGAGGCUUGAGAGUUUUAUUAUAUGUGUGUCAAGAUUUGUUUUAAACUGUUGACUUUUAAUUUAUGAUAGAAUAAAAUAUUUUUAACAAAA